UGUGCCCUUGUAAAGCAAAUGAGAAAAGUGUUGAAAGUCAACAUUAAGGAAACCCUCGAGGAUCGAAAGAUUUCCUUGAGUCUCAUAAAAAAAACGCCUUUACCAGUCAAACUGUUGCCUGACGUUAAUGCAAGAUAA